AUGCCAGUCUCCAGCGGUCGUCGAAUGCCGCUCAGUUGUGAGCCUUGCCGGGAGCGGAAAAUCAAAUGCCCUCGGAAUGACAAUCGUGGAAAGGACCCCUGCGAGACAUGCGUCCGCAGAGGGAUCCCGUCAUCCGAGUGUGUGUAUCUCAGGGAUCAAUGGUCCCGAAGGAGGGCUCCAGCCGGGUUUCCAAGCUCAGAGAAUGCCCAAUUGGUAGCAAGGAUCGAUAGACUGGAAGAAAUGCUGCGUCAGAGUGUCUCCUCCACUGCCCGACAGCCUCCACUGGAACCUGAUUCCAACCUGCCUUCACCAGAGUCGACAUUGCCUCACUCAAGCGGUUCUCUCUCUGGCCGCAAUGAUACUUGGACAGUCGGGAACCUGCUGUCCUCGAGAGUCCCCCCAGCCGGUGUCAUUGUCCGAUUCGAAUCGGGACACGAACGGUUUGAACCUUCAUCAUCCCGAUGGUCGUCGAAUCUACAAGACAACCCUAAGAUGGGUGGAAUCAAAACAAACAUUGAGGGAGGUGACGGCGGGCCUUUCCCAUUUUCACCAUCUCGCACAGAUAUAACGGAACUCCUUGGGCUGUUGCCACCAACUUCAUAUUGCGAUGAAUUAAAGAGUACCUUCUUUGCGGUAUUUGCGCCUCUCCUCCACAUCUUGCACGAUCCUACGUUCGAAACUGACUACCGGCUUUUCCAAUCCGAUCCCGAGAAAGUAUCGCUUUCAUGGCUGGCUCUACUUUUCGUCAUUAUGAGCAUAGCUGUCACCGCACUCCCGGAGGACAGUCCUCUACUCCAUCAACUCGGCCAUCGAAACUCGCCGCUUGAGAACACGUCUCAGCUCAAUAAUCGAUAUCGAUCCGCAGCCAUGAGGUGUCUUGAUGCUGAUCAUUACCUGUGGAGACAUAAUCUUCAUACUCUACAGGCACUGGUUCUGUUAGUAUACGGCAUCAACCACACACAUGGGCAGUCGUGGGCCUUGCUGGGAACAGCUCGCAACAUUGCACUAGCCCUCGGUUGUCAUGUUGACCCUACGGUCUUCCAGAUGGAUCGGAUUCGGGUGGAAGAGCGACGCAGGUGCUGGGCUGGUCUGAACAUGCUCUACACAAUCCAGAACACUACCCUUGGAAAUCUAGACUCGACACCAACACCUUCAAGCGCGAACCCCCCACUCGACGUCAAUGACGACGAGCUCGUCGCCGGGAUUGAGAUUCAUGCAUCUCGAGGUGGGCCGACACAAAUGUCAUACCUGCUACUGAAAUUCGAUCUCUAUCGGCUGUGCAAUCGUAUCUGUAGUGAGACUUUUGGAUCGCCCCAUCCGCCAUCCUACAAUCAGAUCUUAGACCUCAACUCAGAGAUUUCGGCGUUCCAAGAGAUGCUCAACUGCAAGUACCUGUUUAGCUCGACUCAGCCGAUGUAUCACGCGGCACACCUGAACAUCCUUUUUGGAUACUCACACCAACUGGUUCUCCUGUUACAUCGACCAAUCCUACAAGCGCGGGCUCAAGGUCGGUAUUCAGAGCAAAAUGUAUUGUCCUCACGUGGCCAGUGCAUCGAAAGCUCAAAGGCACUACUUGGAAUACAUCGCACACUUCAUGAAGACCAAGCCUUCAAACCCUACCGAUGGUAUAAUCGGGGUUUAGGGAGCUUUCAUGCUUUCCAUGCGGCUGUUUGCCUAGCACACAUCUACAUCAGCUUCGAUUUGGAUGCAGCAGCAGCGUGCCCCUUGUAUUGCGAUGUUCAGGAUUGUUUGGAGAUAUUCGAGCAGGUCGCAAAGAGUGGAAUGAGUCCUAUAUGCCGGAAGGCAAUACCGAUACUGAAAAAGCUGCUAAAUAUCAUGGGCACGCCCGCCGGCAAUGUAGAUAAAUUUACAGUGACGGAGAUUCAACGUGGCCAGGACUUGGGCUUUGAUGGAAACUCGCAAAGAGCCAUGGGAGAUUCUUUGGAGAGCUUAGGGCCACAACAAUGGCUUUCGCCCUCGACAAUGGAUUGGGACGAUUGGGAGUCUUUUCUUGGAACAAACUCUCUUGUAAAUACCUAG